CAUGCCUUCCAAGCUCCUCCAGCUCAGGAGGUUGGACAUCGAACUCCGACGACCAGCAUUGCCAGCCUUUUGCCCAAGCUAUGAUGUCUUCUCUUUUGUUUCUUUUCUUGACGCUUCUCCUGUCUUGGAGUCCUUCAUCCUGCGUAUAGAGUAUGGUGCCCUUAAGCUCGAUCUCGAUGUGGUAGAUGACAAUGACAAGUAUUUGAGGCGGAAGUUGGAGCGCCAACAUGACCGCCUCCGGCAGGUGGACAUUGCGGGAUUCUGUGCAUCCAAGAGCCUGGUCAAGCUCACGACCUUCAUCCUCGAGAACGCUCCUUCACUCGAGCGCCUGACUUUGGACCCGAUCUAUAACUAUGAUGGGAGUUUGGGCACCACUAGCAAAUGCCCCACUUCAACAAGGAUUUGCCAAUUCUCGUCAGCGAGAAAGACAAUCCUCGUAGGUGCCCGUAGAGCCGUGGAGGUUGCGAGUAGGUACAUCGCGGGGAGAGUUCCAUCAUUUGUUCAGUUCAAGGUCCUAGAUCCCGGCAAUUGAUGCCAUAUCGUCGACCGAGAGAUAUUACGUACCAAUGUGGUUGGUUUUCAUGUUUGAGAAGAGAACUCCAGCUGUU